AUGGGCGUCUUAUGCAAAGAAUGCCAUGACUGCUGGACUCGGGCGAUAUUUGGCCAGGCUCCAAUCUUGGAGUCGGACGAGGAGGUUUGCAGCAAAGUCUUCUCAUUAAAUCAGGCCAUAGUUGUGCUGACAGUGUUCGAGAUUGAUUGGACGAGAGGCAACGAGAAGACGUUGGGAAUGCAGAGACUGGAGGAUGGAAAUGGCACAAAAUGCGGAAAAAGAAGAACGGACGUCAGUCCAGACCAACCCAAGGAUACAUCUCCGGCGUUGAAGCUGGUGAUCUUGGGUAAGGGCGAGGAAUGGAGGUUACUGUUGCUGUGUUUCCCCCACCUCUUUCCUCCUCUGCCUAAACAUUCGAGUGGCAGGACAAGCAAUUGGGUCGUCACUUCUUCUCCCACCCCUUCAUCAUCGUCAUCAGCUUCCAGUAACGGCUUCAAAGCCUGUUGGGUUCUCUCUGCAACACCAUCUUCUUCUCUGAUUCUCACGAAUUGGGAUGCGCCCGAGAAACCGCGGCCGCACAUCACGAUGACCUUACCAGACGUGCAAAGAGUCAAAGGUAGUCGCCAGUCGCACAAAUCUCAAAGGCCAGUCGCCGCGGCCUUGCCAUGCUCCGCGAUGCACAUCUCGAAAGACCCUGGAUACGAUGUCCGCGAUCAACAUCUAGCCUCAAAUUCGGAAUAUGAACGGUGCCAAGUGGCCUGCAUCGCAGCCAAUUUCCCGGCGUGGGUGUGCGGUCGGUCCCGAGUCCAGCUCAAUCCUCCCCGCAACGGCACAAAGAUGAACCGCCCACAAGACAGGGCGAGAUGUUGUCAGACUUUCCAAUCCCACCUUGGACUCGGUAGAUCAUUCACCACCUUCGUUACCAGCCCGCCUGAUUUAUUGAUUUGCUUAUCCGCUUUCUUCUGUCAACGUUGUUUCGCGGAGACUGGCCCCGUGGACGAUCUUCGUAUUCAUUUCAAGGUUCUCCGCAAGCUAACCAACGUCUUUCAAGCCAUGGCUCUUGAUUAUGCACGAAUUCUCGUAGCUAUUGUGCCCUUCGCAAGGGCUUCUUUCGCCCGACCCAGGAACGAGCUUACUCUCGCCGCCCGGCUUGUCGCCCGCAAGAUGGACACGACACAGAAGUAUGGCUCUGUCUCCCACGCGAAAUCGGCCAUCGAGCAACCCCCACCAACUCACAGCAAACCAUGUUGCCCCGCAUCACACCCACUCGCCUUGCCAUCCCAAAGGAGGCUCUGCAUUCAAUAUUGGAAGCAGUGGCUUGCUUGCAGGGAGCAGCCCAGCUCUAGGCCAUGCCUGCUUCCAGAGGCAAAACUUCCUGCUAGAUAA